AGCAGCCGUUAGGAGUCGUUAGCAGCCGUUAGGAGCCGUUAGGAGCGGCCCUCCGCCGAGGCUUCAGUCUCCUCAGUCUCCUCCCCGGAUACCACCUCUCCUCCCCGGAUACACUCAAUCCUUCCUCCCGCUAGGCACAUAUAUAAAGGUUAGCAGCUCCAACAGGCCGUCCUCCGGCUGCUCUUUCUUCUUGUUGAUGGUUAGACUCUGCGAGAGAAGGAUGAAGUUCCUUGUAGCCGUUACCAUCAUUGUGGGAUCAGUGAUCUUUCUCGCUUUCCCCAACGGCUCCUCCGCCGACGAGAAGAAGAAGGGACCCAAAGUAACAGCCAAGGUGUUCUUUGACAUUAAAAUUGGAGAUGAAGAAGUUGGAACAAUCAUCAUCGGGGUGUUUGGGAAGACUGUUCCCAAAACAGCCGACAACUUUAUCAGUUUGGCGACAGGAGAGAAAGGAUUCGGUUACAAGGGCAGCAAAUUCCACAGAGUCAUCAAGGACUUCAUGAUCCAGGGCGGAGACUUCACCAGAGGAGACGGCACUGGAGGCAAGAGCAUCUUUGGGGACCGUUUCCCAGAUGAGAACUUCAAGCUGAAGCACUACGGCCCCGGCUGGCUCAGCAUGGCCAACGCCGGCAAAGACACCAACGGCUCCCAGUUCUUCAUCACCACCGUUAUGACGCCGUGGCUGGACGGCAAACACGUCGUCUUUGGAAAGAUUCUGGAGGGGAUGGAUGUAGUGAAGAAGAUCGAAGAGACAAAGACAGACGGGCGCGAUAAGCCUCUUAAAGAUGUCAUGAUCAACAAUUGCGGCAAAGUUGAAGUGGAUAAGCCAUUUGCAGUGGCCAAGGAGUAGAGGAGCGCUGCUGGGGGAGAGCAGGGAGAACAGGACUGUGGGGGGGGGGGGGUGUUUGGGGAAUCGUGCAGGCCACCUUGUUUUAUCACUAACGGCCCUGCGCUCCUGGAGAAUGGGCUUCUGGGUAUUUUCUGGGUAUUUCAGUGUCAGCGGCUGCCGUCUUAACGCACCAGAGGAGCAUCAACAUCAAGCAAUCAACGACAUCGACAGUCUGGGUCCAUUUACCAACGAGCAUUCCAAGGUGCAUUUAACCGUUCGUCGUUGGGUUUUUGUAAAAAAAAAAAUGAAAUCUGAAAUAAAGGUUUCAAUUUUUGUUAAA